AUGAAACUCUCCAUAACCCUCAUCCUCGCUGCUGCAGCGACAGCAAUCGCACAAGAUACCGUCUCCGCGCCUGCAGCAGGCGCUGGUUGCACACCUCACGGCGACCACUGGCACUGCGCAAACGGCGUCCCAGAGCCCACAACACCCCCCUCACCUCAACAACUCGCCAGCUACUCGGCCGCGCAAGCAGCUACAAAGACGUCUGUCGCAGCUGCAACGACCACGUCUGCACCUCACAGCGAUGAAGAUGACCAUGACCACGAACACAGUGUAAACGCUACCGCUACAACGUGUGAACCCCACGACGACCAUUGGCACUGUCCGGCUGGUGUGGCGGAACCUACUACGCCUCCUGCUCCUUCUGGUACCCAGGCUUCUGGCUCUGGUGCCAGUGCUGCUGCAAGUGCUACGCCGAGUGGUACUACAGGAGGGUCUGGAGCGACGGCAGCUUCUAGUGCUGGUGUUGCGGAGCAGACUGGUGAUUCGGGGGCUGCGGCCAUGGGAGCGAAUGUCGGCAAGGUUGUUUUGGUCAUGGCUGCUGGAUUGUUGGUUUUGUAA